GCAAAUGACCGCUUCAGUCGCUAUAUAGGGUUAUAGGAUGGCUGUAGUAACAAGUGACAGUGGAGGUGUGGUAGGGUUUCAGGGACAUUUGCAAUUGCUAAUUUCGAUGCUUGCGGAUUCUGAUCACAGAAGUGCCGCAGUCACUGCCCAUAAUGUUAUAAACAAUUUGGGCCAAGAGUGUGUGGGUACUAGUAAUGAAAGUACACUAGCCUUACAAACGUCGUUACUCUUUUCUAAAGAAAAUGGAUUGCUGUUCUUCCUCCGAAAGUCUGUGUCCAUAGAAGAAUUUAAAGACUGCAGGGAAGAGGUACUAAGACUACUUCUGACAUUUGUUGAGAAGAUUGGUCCAAAGGUCAACACUUAUGCUUGUGAUAUUAAGGAAACCUGCUUGUCUGUGCUCUUAAAAGAAAAAGCUGCAAAAUGCAAGGUUGCAAUCUUGGACCUUCUUAUUGCUGGUUUACGUUUGAUUGCUGUGCAUGCUGGACAGUUUGGUGUAUGCCUAAUGGAUAGUUACCGUGUUUUGUAUGAAACAAUUUCAAAGUGGUGUGGCCAUCAAAACCAUGAAGUGAAGAAAGCUGGAAAUGCAGCGUUGGAAUCUUUUCUAAAACAGGUCGCAUUGUUGGUAGCUGAAGACCCUAAGCAACACAAGAGCAAACUGGACUACUUCAUGCAACAGUUUUAUAAAAUCAUCCGGACACAGGAUUCCAGCACCAAGGAACUUUCUGUUGCCAUUAAAGGAUAUGGUCUUUUUGCAGCUCCAUGCAGAGCUGUGAGUCCAGCAAACGUGGACUUCAUGUACACAGAACUUAUUCAGCGUUGUAAGCAAAUGUACCUGACUGAGACUGAUACGGAGGAGGAUAAUUUGUAUCAAUUGCCCAGUUUCAUUCACUCUAUUGCCAGUGUUAUAUUUCAUAUGGAUGCAAUCCCUGAAAUUUACACUCCGGUUUUGGAAAGACUCCUGGUUGUCCAGAUUGACAACUUCCCAUCAUACAGCCAAAAGAUGCAGCCUGUCUGUUGCAAUGCUAUAGUUAAGGUGUUCUUAGCUCUAGCAGGGAAGGGUCCUGUUCUCUGGAGCUUUAUUAGUACAGUAGUGCACCAGGGAUUGAUUAGAGUCUGCUCUAAACCUUUACUUCUGCCAAAGGAAGGUCCUGGAGAUAAUGCUAGGGAGGAGCAAGCUGUGACCCAAGAAGUCAGGGCAGGCAAGUGGAAAGUUCCUUCUUACAAGGACUACCUAGAUCUUUUCAACAAACUGCUAGACUGUGACAAGAUGAAGGAAUCUCUGCUGAUAACUGAAGUGUCUCUAGAUAUAAAGUCUCCUUUGCAGUCCUUAAACCAUCUGCUAUAUGAUGAGCUGAUCAAAUCUAUUCUGAAAAUUGUAGUAAAACUGGAUUUAACUCUUCAGAAGCAAACGGCUGGAGAGGCAGAGGCAGAAGAUGAGACCAGUGGUACUCUUUUAAUUCCAACCUCAGAUCCAGCUGCAAAUUUGCAACCCACAAAACCAAAGGACUUUACAGCUUUUAUCAAUCUAGUAGAAUUCUGCAGGGAAUUACUUCCAGGGAAACAUGUUGAAUUUUUUCAACCAUGGCUUUAUGUAUUUGCUCAUGAGCUCAUCUUGCAGUCAACCCGUCUUCCGCUGGUUAGUGGAUUCUAUAAGCUGCUUUCAGUUGCACUGAAGAUUGGAAAGAAAGGCAAAUACUUUGAAGGUGUCAGCCCAAUGAGCUGUAAGAAAACUCCUGAAGACCCUGAGAGGUUUGCUUGCUUUGCGCUGUUUGCAAAGUUUGGAAAAGAGGUGUCAAUGAGAAUGAAGCAGUACAAAGAUGAGCUUUUGGCAUCCUGCUUGACGUUUAUACUGUGUCUGCCAAAUGACAUUGUUGCUCUUGAUGUUAAGGCCUAUGUUCCUGCCCUGCAGACUGCAUUCAAACUUGGUCUGAGUUGUACUCCUUUGGCCCAUAUUGGCUUGGAUGCAUUGGAGGAGUGGUCUUCACGGAUACCUAAACGAGUAAUACGGCCCUACUACAAAGACAUUCUUCCUUGUCUUGAUGGCUAUUUAAAGACAACAUCUACAGAUGAAAUUCAGAGUAAUUGGCAAGUAACAAAAGUGCCUCGAGCUUCUUCAGAGAAGCAAAUGUUUAAAGAAGUUCUGAUUCGUCUGCUGAAAAAAACUAAGGCUCUUUCUGUGAAAGAAGAUUCAACUAUGGCAGCUGUGAGAUGCAGGGUUGUGCGGAUACUGGGAUCUCUUGGUGGACAGAUAAAUAGGAGUUUAGUCACAGUGGCUUCUGCGGAAGAAAUGAUGAAGAAGUUUGUAUCUUGGGACACAGAGAAGAGGCUGAGUUUUGCUGUACCAUUUGCUGAUAUGAAACCUGUUAUAUAUCUUGACACCUUUCUACCCUGCAUCACCGAGCUAGCAUUAUCAGCAAGUGAAAGAAAAACUAAGAUUGCAGCAUGUGAGCUUCUUCAUAGUGUGGUUGCUUACAUGCUGGGAAAAGGGUCCCAAAUACCAGAAGGCCAAGAAAAAGUUCCGCCAAUGUAUGCAUUAAAUAAGCAUAUAUUUCCAGUAUUGCUUCACCUUGCAUGUGAUGUAGAUCAGGUGACAAGGCAACUGUAUGAGCCAUUGGUUAUGCAGCUGAUCCAUUGGUUUACUAGCAACAAGAAAUUUGAAAGCCAAGAUACUGUUGCCAUGCUGGAAGCAAUACUGAAUGGAAUUAUUGACCCUAUUGACAGCACAUUACGAGACUUCUGUGGUCAAUGCAUUCAAGAAUUUCUGAAGUGGUCUAUCAAGCAGACAACACCAAAACAGCAGGAGAAGAGUCCGGCAAAUGCAAAAUCACUUUUUAAGAGGUUGUAUAGUCUUGCUCUCCAUCCUAAUCCCUUCAAAAGAUUAGGAGCUUCUCUUGCCUUCAAUAACAUCUAUAGGGAAUUCAGGGAGGAAAGUUCACUGGUUGAGCAGUUUGUGUUUGAAGCCUUGGUUGUCUAUCUGGAAAGCUUGGCAUUAGCCCACCAUGAUGAAAAAUCAUUAGGCACAGUUCAGCAGUGUUGCGAUGCCAUAGAUCAUUUGAAGCGUAUUAUUAAACAAAAGGCACCUGUCCUCAACAAAUCAACUAAAGUACGCAUACCAAGGGGAUUUCCUCCUGAUAAACAGGUCUGCUUGUCAGUUAUGGUUAUGUGGCUUCUGCUGCAAUGUGGACGACCCCAAACAGAAUGCAGACACAAAUCCAUGGAUCUUUUUUAUACAUUUGUGCCACUAUUACCAGGAAACAAGUCUCCUUCAAUGUGGUUGGAUGAUGUUCUGAAGAAGCAAGGUAUCUCUUUCUUGAUAAGCAAGUUUGAAAAUGCAGGAAGUAGCGAGAGUCGACUCUCAGGAAUACUGGCACACCCCACUCUCCACGACCUUCAAGAGCCUUUCACUUUGCGAGCCGUCAUACAGUGGAUGGACAUGUUACUUGCUGCUCUUGAUUGUUACAACAUGUUUAUGGGCCUUCAUCUGGUGAAGCCAAACACUGUUUUAGGUACAAAAGUGAAGUCGGGGUUCUUAAAAGCUAUAAACUUCUUUCUGUCUGAACUGGCUAUGAAUGAUAUCACAGCGGCGGAGCAGUGUUUCAGUGCACCAUCUAAAAGUACCUCCUUCAGUCCCAGAGAGAAGGAGGAUUACAAUUACAGCAAGUGCUCUAUUCUUGUGCGCAUUAUGGAGUUUGCCAGUAUGGUUUUGGAGAGCUGCCAGCAGGAUUUAGGAAAAAUUCUAGAGAAGGAUCUCCUGAAUGACAGCUUCCUGGAACUGACUGUGUUAACAGUGUGUGACCCUUCAAGCAUUGGGUUUAAUGUGGCAGAUGUAGAAGUGAUGAAAAAUCUCCCAGAAAUUUGUGUCAGAUUGCUGAAAGCGCUUAUAAUGUCACCAUACAAGGAAGCACUGGAAAAUAAAACCAGAAACAAAAUUACACUGAAGAGGGUGGAAGAACUUUGUGAAGUGAACUUAUAUGAUCCAGAAUCUCAACAUGAGCGUAUUCGAAUAUCUGCCACCCUGUUUGCCUGUAAACAGCUUCAUAAAGCCGGUCUUCUGAACUCUGUACUACAUACUCUGACACCAAAGCUUGGCUCAAAACUCCUUUCAGUUGUCUAUAAGGGUAUUGCUCCUGGGGAUGAGAGGAAGUCACUUCCAUCUCUAGAUGUCAACAGCAAACAACUUGCAGAUGGACUUUUGCAGCUUUCGUUUUCUCUAGGUGGACAGUGUGAUGAGUUGGUCAGUCGGCUGUUAAACACUGUGAUGCUAUCAGUACCUUUGUCAGGAACAUCUCAGAGGAACUUGAUAAGUUUUUCACAUGGACAGUAUUUCUACAGUCUUUUUUCAGAAACCAUCAAUGCUGAAUUGAUUAAAAAUCUUGAGACAGCAGUUUGUCGGCUUAUGUCAUCACUUACCGAGAACCCACAAAUGGUGAGUAUUACACUAAAUGGAAUGCUGGACCAGAGCUUCAGGGACCGGGCUGUGCGGAAAGAGCAAGGCAAUCGCUUGGUGAAUUCUUUGCUAAAGAAUUGGAAAAUGAUGGACUCUUGGUGGGCAGAAAGCUCCUCUUCAGAAAGUAAAAUGGCAGUCUUAACACUCCUUUCUAAAAUCCUACAGAUUGAUUCAUCAGUAUCCUUUAAUGUAAACCACGAGGCAUUUCCUUUGGUUUUUAAUACUUACACAAGUUUAUUGACGGACAAAGAACUUCCUCUAAAUCUCAAGAGCCAUGCUGUGAUUAUAUUGCCUUUCUUCACAAAUCUCCCUGAUGAUGCACUAAAAAACCUGAAGAAUGCUCUUGAUCAGCUUGUUGCCUUCAAUUUCCCUAUGAAGUCAGACGAGUUUCCCAAGGGAACACUGAAGUAUAACAACUAUGCAGACUGCUUAAAGAAGUUGUUGGAUGCAUUGGAAUUAUCCCAGAGUCCUUUGCUUUUGAAAAUCUUAACUGAAAUUUUAUGUCGAGACAGCAAACAUUCCAUGGAAGAUGCUUUCCAGACCGGUUUUAAAAAAGUUAUUCGAAGGGGAAGCUGUGACAAGAGAGUGGCUCUUCUGACAUCACUGUAUAACAUAUUUCAAGAUGAUGAUCUUUCUAAUAUUACACGACAUGCUAUAGUUGAUCGCUCCCUCCUCACCCUCCUGAUUCACUGCAGUUCGGAUGCUUUGAAGGAGUUCUUCUGCAAAACCAUAGUGAAUAUAAUGGGAACCUUGCAAUCCAGGAUCACAAAGUUAAACGAGUCUGCAUUUGAAACCCAACUGGCAAAGAAGAUCGGUUGCUUCAAGAUGUUGGAGAUUAUGUAUUCCCGUCUGACUAAGGAUGCUAUUUAUGCAAAAGAGUCUACAAUCAACCAGGCUUUCCUUGGCAGGAGUUCUGGAGAAGGAAAUGAGCUCUCAAAAACGUUGAUGAAGCUGUGUCAUGAUACAUACACUGAAAACAUGGCUGGUGAGACCCUUCUUUUGGAGCAGAGAAGACAGUACCACUGUGCUGCCUACAACUGCAGUAUUGCUCUGAUCAGCUGCAUCUACACAGAUAUAAAAUUUUAUCAGGGCUUUCUUUUCUCAGAGAAGCCUGAAAAGAAUAUGUUAAUUUUUGAAAAUUUGAUAGAUAUGAAGCGGACCUAUAGUUUCCCUGUGGAAGUGGAGGUUCCUGUUGAAAGAAAGAGAAGGUAUAUUGCUAUCCGUAAAGAAGCAAGAGAUGCUGGAGCUGGAGAUUUUGAUGAGCCUCAGUAUUUAUCAUCUCAGUCCUACAUGGCAGACAGCAGUCUGAGUGAGGAAAUGAGCCAGUUUGAUUUCUCAACUGGUGUCCAGAGUUUCUCUUACAGUUCCCAGGGUUCCUCAGCAACUGUUGCUCGCAGCAGGAAGAAGGAACACAUGGAGUCUGUCACUCAGGAUGAUGUUAUGGAGUUAGAAAUGGAUGAGCUCAAUCAACAUGAAUGCAUGACUACCGUGACUGCCCUGAUUAAUCACAUGCAUAAGAAUAAAAUAAUACCACUCGUGGAAGAGGGGGUGAUACCUCAGGAACUUCCUUCUUGGAUGAAAAUUCUUCAUAGUAAACUGGGAAAUACAGCAACACCCUUGAAUGUUCGCUUGUUUAUUGCAAAGCUCAUUGUGAACACAGAAGAGGUAUUUCGCCCCUAUGCACGGCACUGGAUUGGCCCUCUGUUACAGCUGAUUGUCUCUAGUAACAAUGGUGGAGAAGGGAUCCAUUUCAUGGUGGUGGAAGUAGUAGUUACUGUGCUGUCCUGGACAAGCAUUGCCAUUCCCAAGGGAAGUGUUCGAGAUGAAAUUUUGGCCAACCGCCUGCUGGAGUUCCUGAUGAAGAAUGCUUUUCAUGAAAAGCGGGCAGUGUUCAGGCACAAUCUAGAAAUCAUAAAAACAGUUGUUGAAUGUUGGAAAGACUGUCUCUCCAUUCCUUACAGCUUAAUUUGUGAAAAAUUCUGUGGAAGAGAUGUGAACACAAAGGAUAAUUCUGUGGGCAUUCAGUUGAUGGGAAUAGUGCUGGCCAACGGCCUACCUCCACAUGACCCCAAAAGUGGUAUAGACAGUGAAAGCUAUUUUCAGGCUUUAGCAAACAAUCUUUCUUUAGUACGGUUUAAGGAGGUAUAUGGAGCAGCAGCUGAGGUCAUAGGACUUGCUCUUCAGUAUCUUGUUGAGAAAGAAAAUAUAAGUGAAGGGCCACUCUUUGACUACACAGUUAAAGCACUAAAACAACUUCAAACAUCCAAAGAAGACAGAUUUAUCAUGUGCUUGAGUAAAGUUGUCAAGAACUUCCCUCCCCUUGCAGACAGGUUCCUGAAUAUUGUGUUUUUCAUGUUACCAAAAAUGCAUGGGGUGUUGAAGAUUCACUGCCUUGAAGUAAUCCUUUGUCGUGCUGAAGCAAUUCCUGACCUUUACAUACAAUUGAAAAGCAAGGAGUUCGUCCGGCUAAUGAAUCACAGGGAUGAUGAAAGGCAGAGGGUGUGCUUAGAUAUUGUGUACAAGAUGAUGACCAAGCUUCAACCAGCAGAACUGAAAGACCUCCUGGCUACUGUUUCCUGUUUUAUUUCUCAUCCAUCAGUUGUCUGCCGAGAAAGGAUGUAUGACAUCUUGAUGUGGGUCCAUGAUAAUUACAGAGACCCAGAAAAUCAAGCAGACGACUCUAAAGCAGUAUUUCAGCUUGCAAAAGAUGUACUGCUGCAAGGCUUGACUGACGAGAAUCCUGCACUGCAGUUAUAUGUUCAAAAUUUCUGGAGUCAUGAGACUAGGUUGCCAACUGAUACGCUUAGCCGAAUGCUGGCGGUGCUAACAUCUCUGUACUCAAGCAAGAUAGAAAACCAGUUCUUGAGCCUGGCAACUAACCUUAUUCUCGAGAUGACUAGUAAGAGUCCUGACUACAGUAGACAGAUGUUUGAAUAUCCUCUCUCAGAAUGCAAAUUUCAGGACUAUAUUAUUGAUUCUGAUUGGCGCUACCGCAGUACAGUUCUUACCCCAAUGUUUGCAGAAACACAAGCAUCCCAAAGUGGAAGCAGAUACAGAUCACAGGAAGGCUCUCUUUCUAAUCAGGGGUCAGCAGGCCACCAGUUGAGGGCCACUCAGCAAAAGUUAGAAUUCACUCCUACGCAGAAUAUGGGUGGGAGAAGUUCCUUUAACUGGCUGACUGGGAAUAGCUUGGAUACUUUUAUGGAAUAUUCUCUACCAAGUGCUUCGGAGUCUUCUUCCUCCUCUUUGCUGGUGUAUAGUAAACCUGGUCAGAAGAGGGCACAUGCCAAACCACUGGGGCCUGAUUUUGGCAAGAAGAGAUUGGCACUACCAGGUGAUGAAGUGGACAGUGGUUCUAAAGCAUUAGCAGCAAGUCAGAGGGCAGACAUUCUUAGGCUGAGGCGUCGAUUUCUGAAAGACCAAGAGAAAGUCAGCUUGUAUUUUGCAAGAAAGGGUGUUGAAGAACAGAAACAAGAAAAGAAAGAAAAGGCUGAGCUACAGAUGAAGCGGGAUGCCCAGAUUACUUUGUACAGGAGUUAUCGUUAUGGAGACCUGCCUGAUAUCCAGAUUGAAUACAGCAGCCUGAUUGCUCCGUUGCAAGCACUAGCCCAGCAAGAUCCACUGCUAGCCAAGCAACUGUUCAGCAGUCUGUUUGCUGGAAUUUUGAAAGAGCUUGAGAAAUGCAAAAAGCCUGCCGAGUAUGAGAAGAUUAUUGCUGAGCUCCAGAACAACUUCAACCACUUACUCAGCAGUACCACGUCCUUUUACCCUCCAUUUAUCACAUGCAUUCAGGACAUGAGCUGCCAGCAUCCGAAGUUGUUAGACAUCAGAUCCUCCAGUGUCUCCACAAGUUCCUUAGCAAGCCUGCAGCAGCCAAUGGGAAUUUUGGUCCUUGAACAAGGAUUAAUUCACUCCAGUCAUGAUGAAGAGCCACCUGCAAAGAAGGCACGUGGAAGAGCAGAGCUUCCUCCAGAUACAGCAAAAUGGAUAGAACUUGCUAAGCUUUACAAGUCCUUGGGAGACUAUGAUGUGCUGCGUGGAAUAUUCAGUGGCAAGGUUGGAACAAAAUCCAUCACCAAUAUGGCACUGCUGGUGGAGGCAAAGGGAGAUUAUGCUGAAGCUGCACGGCUGUACGAUGAGGCACUGAAUAAAGAUGACUGGCCUGAUGGUCAACCUAUAGAGGAGGAGAAGGAUUUCUGGGAGAUAGCAGCGCUCGAAUGUUAUGAUCACCUGACUGAAUGGAAGGCUUUGGCAUGCUGUGCAACUGUAAACAUUGAUGAGAAACUGCCUGCAAACCUGGAAAACAUCUGGAAUGAUCCCUUCUAUCAGGAUACAUACUUGCCUUAUGUGAUGCGCAGUAAAGUGAAGUUACUGCAGCUUGGGGAGGAGGACCAGUCUCUACUGACAUUUAUUGACAAUGCAAUGAAGGUCGAGGAGAAGAAAUCCCUUAUAGAAACACACUAUAACCAAGAACUUGCCCUACUGUAUAUUCUGCAGGAUGACUUUGACAGAGCCAAAUACUACGCUGAAAACUGCAUGCAAGUCUUUGUACAGAACUAUUCCAGUAUUGACACCCUCAUGUAUAAAAGUCGUCUUACCAAGCUACAGCAUAUCCAAGCAUUGACAGAAGUACAGGACUUUCUCGAUUUCAUUACUAAACCUUACUGCUACAAUUCUCAAGAUUCAGUGAAGAGACUGCUCAAAAUUUGGACAAAUCGUUACCCAGAUGCAAAGAUGGACCCCAUUAAUGUUUGGGAUGAUAUUAUUACCAAUAGGUGUUUCUUUCUUGACAAGAUUCAGGAGCAUCUGGCAAAAGUCCCAGGUGAUGACAGCAUGGAAGUAGAUGAGGCUGCAUCUCCAGGCUCAGAAAUGGAAGUGGAUGGAUAUGGUGAUGAAACUGACAUUGGCUCAAUGAUCAAGUGCUGCAAGUUUACUAUGAAACUUAAAAUGGCAGAGAGCGCUAGGAAACAGAAUAAUUUUCCGGUGGCAACAAAACUCCUGAAAGAAUUACACAGAGAGUCGAAGUCCAGAGAUGACUGGCUGAUAAAGUGGGUGCACAGUUACAGCCGGUUUAUUCAUAAUCGCUGCCAGAACCAGAGCAGCUCUGAGCAAAUCUCAACUGUCAUCAAAACUAUUCCAUUGCUAGAGGAAAGCAAGCAAGACUAUCUAAACAAAAAUUCUUGGGCCCUCAGAGACCACAACAUUUUGCUAGGCACCACAUACCACAUCAUUGGCAAUGCAGUCAAUAAGGACCCUACUUCACUAGAGAGCAUUGAACAGAACAAAGUUAAUCAGUUGCUGGAAAGCUCUGGAACUACAACAGCAUCUGCUGAGCAGGUUGCAACUGGCAUGUACCGAAAAGCUCUUAAUUACCUGAAGGUUGCUGCCAGAAAAGCAGAGGAAGUAGUACAGUCGCGCGCUGUAGACUACAUGGAUACAGCUGGAGCUAUUGAGGCUUAUAUGUCACUGGCAGAGUUCUGUGAUAAGCGACUUCGUGAGAAGGAAGAAAAACGUAAUGCCAUUGAUUUUCACGAAACACAAACCUUCCCAGCUCUUGUGGCUGAGAACAUGCUGAAAGCCCUGAAGUUGAAUUCAAAAGAAGCCCGAUUGAGAUUUCCAAGGUUGUUGCAGCUUGUAGAAUGGUACCCAGCAGAGACCCUUGACUUGAUGGCAAGUGAGGUGUCCUCAAUACCAUGCUGGCAGUUUAUUGGCUGGAUCGGUCAGAUGAUGGCUUUGCUGGAUAAACCAGUAGCAGUUGCUGUGCAGCACAUAUUAGAGGAGAUCGCCGAAUACUAUCCUCAGGCUUUAGACUACCCUUUCAUGAUCAGCAGUGAAAACUUUUCAUUUGAAAAUUCUGCAUGUGGUCAUAAAAACAAGGAGUUUGUAAACAGAUUAAAGAGUAAACUGGAUAAAGGAGAAGUAGUGACAGACUUCAUCCGUGCUUUAGAACAGCUUACUAAUCCAGAGAUGAUUUUCAAGGACUGGGUUGAUGAUAUGAGUAAUGAACUAGAAAAGCCACAGAAAGACAAAGCAUGCCUGAAAAAGUUGUGUGAUGACAUGUUCUCAAAUCUGGCUAAUUUUCAGGCCCCAGGACUUGGAGUAUUCAGAACUAAGUUUAUUAAGGCUUAUGCAAAGCAAUUUGAAGAUAAGUUUGGGAAAGGAGGUACAAAAGUUCUGACCAUGAAGGCGAAAGACUUCAGAGAGACUGCAAUGUCUUUGUUUGAUAAAAUGAGAGGACCAAACCCAGAACCAGGAAACCUUAAGGAAUACUCGCCAUGGAUGAGUGAGUUCAAACCAGAGUUUCUGAAGAAUGAACUGGAAAUCCCUGGUCAGUAUGAUGGGAAAUCCAAACCCAUGCCAGAGUACCAUACAAAAAUAAUCGGCUUUGAUGAAAGAGUAAAAGUAAUGGCUUCUAUAAGAAGACCAAAGCGUCUGAUUAUCAGAGGUAAUGAUGAAAAGGAUCAUCCUUUUCUCGUAAAGGGUGGUGAAGACUUGAGGCAAGACCAGCGAAUUGAGCAACUUUUUGAUGUUAUGAACAUCAUUCUUUCACAAGAUGUAGCGUGCAGCCAAAGAAAUCUGCAGCUGAAAACAUACCAGGUUAUUCCAAUGACAACAAGGAUUGGCCUUAUUGAAUGGUUGGAGAACACAUGUACUCUAAAGGAAUUUCUUAUAAAUAAUAUGACUGAGGAUGAGCGAAAUAGAAAGCCCAGUGCUCAGUACAGUGAUUGGUUGUCUAAGCUGGCAGGAAAGAACACUGGAGUUUUAAGAUAUUGUCAAAUGUACAUAAAAGCCAGCAGAACAGAAACAAUCAGAGCAUUCAGAAGCAUAGAAGGUCUUGUUCCAGAAGAUCUGUUAAGGAGAGCAUUCAUGAAGAUGAGCACAACUCCAGAGGCGUUCUUGGCUUUGCGUUCGCAUUUUGCCAGCUCCCAUGCACUGAUGUGUGUAAGCCACUGGCUUUUAGGUAUUGGUGAUCGCCACCUUUCCAACUUUAUGAUCAAUAUGGAGACAGGAGGCAUGGUAGGAAUCGACUUUGGCCAUGCAUUUGGAUCUGCUACGCAGUUUUUGCCAGUGCCUGAACUGAUGCCAUUCCGACUGACUCGGCAGUUCCUAAACUUGAUGCUUCCCAUGAAAGAAUCUGGCCUCAUUUACAGUGUAAUGAUACAUGGACUGAGAGCUUAUCGUACCCACCCGGAUCUGCUUCUCAACACAAUGGAUGUGUUUGUCAAAGAACCAUCUUUGGAUUGGAAGAAUUUCGAGAUCAAACAGUUGAAAAAAGGAGGAACCUGGACAGCAGAAGUGAACACUAAUGAGAUAAACUGGUAUCCAGUGCAGAAAGUGAAUUGUGCAAGGCAAAAGCUAGAGGGUGCUAACCCUUCUUUAAUUACCUGUAAUGAGCUGCAUCUGGGACAUGAGAAGAUGCCUGCUUAUAAAAGUUAUAUUGCGGUGGCCAAAGGAGAAGAGAGUCAUAACAUCAGAGCCCAGAAACAUGAUGAGAAGCUUUCUGUGGAGACGCAAGUUGCAUGCCUUAUAGAUCAGGCUACCGAUCCAAACAUCUUAGGCAGAGUUUGGGAAGGUUGGGAGCCUUGGAUGUAGACAGUGUCUCACUGUGCAACCCCAUACAAAAGCCUUGGAAAACUGAUGUGUUAGUCAAAUAUUAAAAAGAUCUUCAUACAGGAGUAUGUUUUUUUUCUGUUAAUAUGGCUGUUGUAGACAUGUACACUUCCUAAUAGGUGCGAUAUGUCUGGGAUGCCGUUUGGAAGUUCGUAUGCCUUAUCUAUGUGGAUAUAGAGGAUUUUGUUGAGCAUUGUCCCUACCAGCACACACACACACACACACACACACAGAAGGGGUGUACAAAUGGAAGGACCCCUGUCAUUUGUGGUGCCUUUUGAAGCUUGGUCUUCAGUGUACUUUCCACUUCAUUGUUUAGCUCCUGGACCUUUAACAUAGGAGCAGAUACAUAUGGUCAUGCUUUUAUAUGGUUUUGAAAGUAUGUAUCCCUUCCACCUGACAUGCACCUACCCAAUGCUGUGAAGUCAGAGCAACCAGAGAUUGCUUUGACUCAUAGAAGCUGCAUCACUCUGGAUUGCACAAAAAAAAAAAACACUGACAUCUGUUACAGCUUUUGUCUUUUAAAUCUGUUAGCAUACAGAAAUUCAGACACACACACACACAUACACACACACACACACUUGAAACCAUCACCAUGGCUUGGUCUAAAGCUUGUUAUAACUUUAGCUUUCAGUGUCGUCACUUAGCUGGUUGCUUUUAUUUGCUGAGGUAAGUUUUUUUUUAGAAUUUAAUUUCUGACUGAGAAAAUAUACAGCAAAUGAGUCGGAUAUUUUGUUCAUUGCACUCUAUGUACAUGAAGUGGUUUCUUAAAAUGCAUUCCUAAAUGUAUGCCAAAUAUAAAUGAGUACCUGAAUCAACUAUAUAAAUGUAGAAUGUAACGGAGUGCAUCAUUUGACUAUAAUAAAUGUUUACUGCUGAAACUCCAACGCACUUUUCUUCCCUGUCACCUUUGCUUUAGAAUGCCUUAAUUUGAUGUAUUCUGUACCAUUCUGCAACUCUGAGUCCCACCUGAUCUUCCUUGUACUUGCGUGAAGGAUUUCUUUGCAAACAAAGUAUGAUUGAAGGACCUUAAAAUACCAUCAGACUGGCACAUAACUGUAUUUUUAUUCUGAAUGUAUAAUUUGUGAACUAAAUAAACAUGUUUUUCUACAAAUCA